GCGUGCGCUUUGAGAGGGAGGCCGAGCCAGUAAAGCGGCAGUGGGAGGGCUUCUCCGUGUUUUCGCUGGUUUGAAACAUAGGAAGAAAGCAGCCUCGACGCCCACUGAACAAGGCGAAGCGCUCAUCAACAUUUCGCAACCACCGCCGCUGCCCUGAUUAGAUCCACGGAGGAACGGAGGAGAGCAGACACCCACAGACAGACAGGGGAGGACUGGUAUCCUGCACAGGAACUAACACAAGCUGCCUGAUACCUUCUGUGAGCAGUCAGAUGGAAUGAAGAUGGAAGAAUAUGUUGCCUCCAGAAAGCUGUGACAUCUCUGUGGAGUUGUGGACGUUUGUGGGCGGUUAUCUUUCUUAACUUCACCUGGACCACCUUUCUCUUGACCUGUUUUUAACUUCUCUAGAACCAUUGCUGUUAUAACAAGAGACCACUUCCCCAUAUUUUUCAAAAUGGAAACUCUUUCCCAAGAUUCCAUUCUGGAGUGCCAGAUCUGCUUUAACUACUACAGCCCCCGCCGGCGGCCCAAGCUCCUGGACUGCCGGCACACGUGCUGCUCCGUGUGUUUGACCCAGAUGCGCAGCAGCCAGAAGGAGAUCCGCUGUCCCUGGUGCCGCGGCGUCACCAAACUCCCCCCGGGCCUGUCCGUCUCCCAGCUCCCGGACGACCCGGACAUCAUCACCGUCAUCGCCAUCCCUCACGCCUCCGAGCACACGCCCGUCUUCAUCCGCCUCCCGAGCAACGGUUGUUACAUGCUGCCGCUGCCCCUCGCCAAGGAGCGGGCGCUGGGGCUGUCGGGGGAGCUGGGGUGCCGCUUCCUGCCGGGCAGCCAGCAAAAGGGGAUGACGGUGGUGACGGUGCCCGAGCAGCAGCCCCUGGGCCUGGCCAUGGGUCUGGAUGGGGUGGGGAUGGGGAUGGACGGAGGUGAGGGCGAGAGGAGAGUCACUGGCCCGGGGGGAGGAGCGGGGAAGGGCUCCACGUGGUCGGGCGUGUGCACGGUGAUCCUGGUGGCGUGCGUGCUGCUCUUCCUCCUGGGAAUCGUGCUGCACAACAUGUCCUGCAUCUCCAAACGCUUCACUGUCAUCUCCUGCGGCUGAGGGCGGGGAGAGGACGCUCGGACUGCCGCGGACCCCCCCUGGAUUCCCCCCACUGGCCCCGGCCUCUCCUCAGAAUGGGACUCUGCUGAGGGGAAACUCACAUCAUGGGCGUCCAAGGAAAAUACAAAGAGAGGAACUGAUGAUGAGGAGGGCAGGGAGGAGAUCCACGAACGGUCUGCCAUUGUGACCUACUUUGUUUUUUAUUGGGAGACUGAAUUUAAAUGGAUACAGAUACAAACCUUCACCUUGCUCUCCCUUCCUUUUACUGCCCUUCCAUUUCCUUUAAACAAACUCUUUUGGAAUUACUCCAGAAAUGUUUUUUGGCCAGCUGAUUUGUUUUUGGGCGCGGGGCCGAUGUGACACUCAGACUGCAGCCGUUGGAUUGCCUGUUUAUUCUGUGGUUUGUAGAAGUCCAUCAGUUAUCAUCGUGUUGUUUAGCUGAGUAUAGGUUCCAGGCGGUGUGUCUCCAGCUGGUGCUGCAGUACAAAGAGUUUGGACUUUGCUGCUCUCCGUUUUUUCUGAUGCUGCAGAAAUAAACUGCAGGAUCACGUCUGGGGAAACUCAAAAUCAAAACAUUUUUUCCCCCGCCUUUCAUACAAUCUGUUCCUGUUCAGAACCAACUGUUGCUGUUAUGCAGUUAGAAAAGGUGUUGUCAAAAAAGGACUAAACAAGGGUUGCAUUCAUGCUAUGUUACAGGGAGCAGGGAGUUUCUUUACUGAGUCUUAAAAGGUUGCUGAAACCGUUAGGCAAUGAAGAAAUUGGUUGAUUUAAAAAAAAGAAUUAAGUGUUGAGCAAAACUUUUCAAACUUUUGUUGAUUUUCUUUAUUAUCUCAUUGGGUUUUGGAGUGUUGGUUGAAAUUAAAUGUGAAGACGUCGCUUGCUCUUGUAAUGAUUCAUUCAUUGGUUAUGAAAAUGUUUGGAAAUGUUGUGUUUCCUUUUUAGUAGAAUGCUACACAGAAAUGUCUGGAAAUGCUGUGUUAAGAACUGGAUGGCGGGAUAAAUAAUGGACUACUUUGUAUUCUGAACGAAGAUCAGAUAAGAAGAUUGGACGCCAAUAAUAUCAAACUGCUUCUUUGGAUACAUAUAAUGGAAAAUAGACAUUGCUGGCAACAGUCUUGUUUGUAGUUUGUCCUUCUUUCGCAGUAGCCAUUGUUUUCCCACGGUUGCUUUCAUCGAACUCUCCAUAUCCUUUCACCCUGACCUGCAGACCGCCGUCCUUUAAAGACCCGACCACAGCCCACACACCAUGCCCUCCCUUCAUCAAGAUACCUUCCCUAAUUUAGAAAAAACGGGCUGAUGUGUUUGUGUGUGUGUGAGAGUAACGGGUCAGCAGCGGGUCAGGAGUGGGCGUGCGCUGCAGGGUUCCAGUUAAUAACAGCCGUAUCGAUUUAUCCGCUGUUCAAUAUCUCUCACGUCUGCAGAGAUGGAUGCUUCAGUUUUUUUUCACUUUUAUAUGUUUAGGCAAGCAAUUUGCCUGUUUACUGUAUCGUUAAAGCAAUGGAGUGUACAGGACACACAAACAGGGUGAACUCUUUUGUAUCGCAGCAUGGCCGUGUACAGAAUGAUUGUAAUAUCUUUGUUUCUUUCUGAUUACUUUUCUUUUGUUGACAUGGUUAAGGUUUGAGAUUUAGAGGCUUUCUCUGUGUGUGUGUGUUUGCUCUAAAGGCUUAUUCAGAACACUUCAGGGCACUAAGAGAUGGCAUGACACACCAGUGACACAACAAAACGAUAUUUUGGUAUUUAGUAUAUCAAAAGUGAUAUUAUGCACCAAAACUCUGUGUAUACAUAUGAUUAUCCACCUGUUUAAAUCAGUUCCUUGGUUUAUUUAUCAAAGCUUUGGAUGAUCCAGUGACUGGAAAAAGUAAGAAAUAUUUGUUUCAACAGUUUUUUUAAAAAUAAUUUCUAUUUUCUUUUAUUGAUUUCCUUUCUUUCCAUCUAGACCCAAAGUCUGAGGUUUUGUUCUACUCUACAGAAACAGACAUUCUUAUCCCCCAAAAAUUGCAAAACCUGAUUUUGAUUUGAAUUCAUUUCGCUUUUGCAUCUCAUACAAACAUAAUUUCAUUUCUUUACAAAAGUAAAGUCUGACAUUUCCUCCCUUAUUAACAGAAAAGAGCCUUAACCUUCAAUGGAUUCAAUCAAAACACGCUUCAGCUUUUUAGUAGCUUAAUGCUUCCCGCAGAAACGCAUUCUGUUAUGAAAGCGUUCGGGCUACAAUAGGGCAAAUAUUUGUUUUGCAGAGGCACUGGGAGUUAACUCAGGAUAAAAUGGGUCAUGUGGGACAUGUUCUCUGGUUGCAGCUCCUGCUGUUGCUAUGGGACUAUACUGAACGGUGUGUUUUUUUGUGAAGUGCAGCGCUGCUUAGCUGAAUGUUGAAAUAUUUUUAGCAAUGAGCACACUCUGCGGACUCCAGAAAAUGUGUUGAUCCUCAGCACUUGAGGUUCAAGUGGUUUCCUGCCCUGGCCCUGGAUAACUCUGAGAUAAAAAGGAAAUCAUUUUUAUGAAAUCUGAAGGAGGUUAUGUUAAAUUAUUACUUAAUGCUUUAUGGAGAAGUAAUGAGUUGUUGCUUUUGAACUCAGGUUUAGACCAAUAUCUCAAAAUGUGGGUAUUUAAAACUGGAUAUACAAGUAUUAGCUUGUUGGAGUCUAAACUCAUCGUUGUUUUUUAACCACAUAUCCAGGAUAAAAAAACACUGACAUGUUCCUGUGCAAUCUCAAAUUGGCACAGAAUUGGAUUUUAGCCUUCACCACAACAUUCUUAUAUUUCCCGUGUUGUUUUGCCCACGGCCAUUUUCCCAACUGACCCAUAAAACCAUAACAGAGGUUGUUUCUGGGAAAGUUUAAAAGAGGAUCAGACCCACUGCUUCCACAGGGGGCACUGGGUCACUGUCAUGGCUUAAAUGCAACCGGUAUUCUGCAAAAAUCCUCUGUCCUUAAGAUAAUUUCACUCAAAACUAAAGAGGGAAAUGAAGUUCCUUUUGUUUCAAGGAUUUGGUAGAGUUAAAAGUUAAUUAAAGGGAUUUAUCUCCUGAAUAUCGGGAUAAAUAAGAGAUUUCUGGCAGGAAAUACAAACACAAGUUCACUCCAUUCCUGAUAAAUGAACCUGUCUUUAGUCCUUUCCCUCUGCCAAUCCAUCAUGAAUCACGUGAUGGAGUGGGGGUUGGUUGGAGAAAGAAAUGCACCUCGUUUGUACCUUUCUCACCCUUACUGUGUCUGUACCCUGCAGAUAUAUGAGAUUAUUGAUCUGAAGGCGGUAAAAUCCCAUCAAAGACUGUAAAACGCUGUCGUGCCAAAAAACCAAGGAUGUAGAAGACUGUUAUGGUUAUUGCUUUUCAAAUUUUUCACUGUUUAAACAUUCUCCCAUAAAAGAUCACUUUGGACAAGAUAGAAUAUUCUUAACUGCUUGGUCUUUAACUUAAAGGUCAGCUCCUGUCAUAAUUCAUCCUUUAUUUCUGUGAUUUGAGAGAAUAUAACUGGCCUCUGAAUCUCCUUCCUGUCCUCGGUAAUAUUUAUUUCUCCUCUUGUGUCCAAAGUUGCCCUGUACAACAAUUCUUUGCAGAAGAGAGACACCUAGAGAAGCUUAGAAACGAAUGGAGGCUUGUCAUUUCUGUGCCUGUGUGUUUGUAAAAAUGCCGUGAAGUUCCUGUCGUAGUUUCCUGUUUGUGUCGGGUCGGAUGGCGGCUGACGACGCAGCAGCAGCUGUUUUUGGUGAACUAUUAAAGAAAACGCUCUGACUCUGAA